AUUUGGGGUUUGCUUUGCAAGGCGACACCAGCUUUUGACUUUCAAUGAAUGAUGUUCAGCAGAAGCUGCUCCCAGCAGGAAUCUCAAAAUUAAAAGGUCCUGAAUAUCCCCAGCCACUGAAAGGAUGGGAGGAAUCAGCUCAAGGUAAGUGCUGGUGCGUGAUGAUAGGAACCAAGCAAUAGGGAUAAACUAUGCCGGUUCAGAAGGGAUGUUGAAUUCACUGGUGUAUCUUGUCAAAAACAUCAGCUGUGCCUGGCUGCUCUGCUCAUGCCUGCCAGAUACGCAUGUGUGUGGCGCAAUAACCGGAAGAAGGCAUUACUCAGCCCUGUUUCCUAAGGGUCAGAGGCUAGCAGGGAGGCACCCAUGACCCCUCUCCCUGUGGAGAGAAACGCCGAGAGAGACAGUGAGCUGGGGCUAGUUGGUGAGUGGCAAACCCCUGAAAGGAGCAAAAACGCUGGGUGAAGCAAGCAGCCAGGUGUUGGCCAGGUGUUCUGCAUCUGUGGUGUCUUCUGACUCAUCUGUCUGCUCCCAAGAUGGAGUAUGCCUGGUAUUGGCUCGAUGAUUCUGGGCAGUGGAUUGAGUAUGGUAAAGAGCAUCCGGAUCACUGCUCUGCCACAGUAACAUCUGCAGAUCUGGAGAAGCAAUUUCUAACUGACCAGAAUGGCCUUGUGUUAUUCAGGGCUGGUUCUCAGAAAUACAAGCUAAACCUUAAAGAUAUGGUCCAGACAAAUUUGUUCUAUGAAACUCAAAGAAAAGUUGCCCGCCUGCCAAAAUUUCAGUCCUUCUGUCAAAGCCAAAACUUGACUCUAUCAUCUUCUGUCUUUCCUCCACAAUGGGACCAAUCUGCACUGCCUGAUACUGGGUUCAAGUUAAUACAGCUUGGCUCCACUUCCCAUGAAUACGGAGAAAUUAAGAGACUAUUUGAGAAGACGAUGAAAGAUUGUUGCAUCCAGCAACUGCAGAGGAUCCAGAACCCAACACUUUGGCAAGUUUUUCAGUGGCAAAAGGAGCAGAUGAAGAAGCUCAGUAAGUCAAAACGGGUGGAUGAGCGGCUCCUGUUCCAUGGGACAAGUUCAUCCAACAUACCUGCCAUCUGUGAGCAGAACUUCGACUGGAGGAUGUGUGGGACUCAUGGGACAAUGUAUGGAAAAGGGUACUCCGACCUGUGUGCAUCUGCAUCGCUCCAGGCAGCAUCAGAAGCAAUCCCCUUUCAGGAAGGGCUAAACCCACCCCUCUCAGGUCUCAGGAAGCUACUUUGCCAGAGACGCCAGCUAUUCUCACAAGUACUGCUCCUCUCCCAGUGGUCACUACAGCAUGUUUGUAGCUCGGGUUCUUGUUGGAGACUUUGUUCAGGGAAACUCCACAUACCUUCGCCCUCCACCCAGACCCGGCAAUUCAAACAGACUUUAUGACAGCUGCGUGGAUAACCCAAUGGACCCUUCCAUCUUUGUCAUCUUUGAGAAGCACCAGGUUUACCCUGCCUAUAUCUUGGAGUACAGCUUACAGGCCCAGUGUAUGAUCCUGUAAUGAAUGGUGGAACCUCCUAUUAAUUUGCACUGAAUAAAUUACAGCCUUUUUUCUUCA